CAGCUCAAAAAUAGAUGUCAAAUCGCAAUAUUUUGACGAUGGUCAAAAAAUGUCUUUUUGACUUGAUUUGCCGAUAAAAUUAUUAGAAAUUAAUUAUUUUUCAGAACAUGGGGGGUUCACAGAGUACUCGGAAAAUAAGUGUUGAUAAUGAAAAUGCCAUACAAGUGUCUCAAGAAGCAUUGGAUCGGAUACAGGCUCAGCUAAACGCCCAACAAGCAGAACAACCGCAACAGCCUACGCCACAGUAUACACCUCCGCCUUUCUAUGAGUCCCAAAAACGGCAGCAAGAAAACUCGGCAGAGGAAGCCUACUGGGCCCGGCGUAUUGAGAACUUAAAGCGGGCACAUGAGAAGAUCAAUGCCGGGAUGCUUAUAGAAUAUCAAAAGACAUUAAAAGAAGCCAACGAAUUGUUUGAUGUGGCCCAAAAAGAUAAAGUCGCUAGCAAGCUUCCACCAUGUCAGGAUGAGAAGGCAAAGGUCCUCGAAUGCUACAGCUCAAAUCCGGACAAGUCCUUAGUGUGUUCUGUGCUAGUAAGUGAGUUCAAUGACUGUGUUUGCAAGAGCCGUAUCGCAGCAGUGUCCGCGACGUCCUGAGUGUGUACAAUGUAAAUACCUAACGGAUGAUGUCAGCUUGGAAUCGGGAACCGCUACAAACUUCUGGAUAGUAGUUUUAAUAUUAUUGCUGUAUGAAUAAACUGUUAAUUUGAUA